AAGUACUUGCUGGCAUUGGAUCAGGCAAAAGCUUUUGAUCGAGUGAAUCAUGAAUAUCUGGGUUGCUGCUUGGUAGAUACGGCCUGCAGGGGAGGUUUAUAUAUAGAUUGGCUGAAGACAUUAUAUAAAGGGGCUGAGAGCUUCCCACUUGUUAAUGGUUGGGUUGGGCGGCCUUUUGAGGUCGGCUCUGGUGUGCGCCAGGGAUGUCCUUUGAGCCCCCUGCUAUAUGCUUUCGCAAUCGACCCCUUUGUAAGAAGGCUAGAGGGCGCAUCGUUGUGCGGGGUGCCUCUGGGCAUUGCUGGUGUGCCGCCGUUGAAGGUCGUUGCCUAUGCUGAUGAUGUGUCUGUUAUUAUCUCUGGGACUGAGGAGGCGAAGGAGGUGGUCUCUGUGAUAGAGCAGUACACGGAGGCUUUUGGCUCUAAAGUCAACCAUGAAAAGUGUGAAGUUUUCUGGAUGAGUGAGGAGGGUGAAAGCUUCGAACUUCCGGAUGCCUUCCCAGAGCCCCAGCAGGAAAUUAAAAUUUUGGGCAUCAAAUUUGGUCCUGGUGACUAUGGUCAUCGAAACUGGGAAAGAAGGUUGGUAGAUGCCAAUGCCAAAGUAGCAAGCUGGAAGAGAUGGAGGCUUUCCUUGAGAGAGAGGGUUGACUUGAUCAAAACUUACCUGAUCCCGAUCUUUUUAUAUGUCAGCUUCGUCUGUAUCUUGCCAGUAUCUCUCUAUGCAAGGGUCUACAGCUGUACAGCUGUUUUUUCCAACUGUUAUGGGGAAACAGGCUGA